AUGAAUCAACAAGAAGUCAUUGAACAACAUGUCUCACCCGUGAUGGAUGAUGAUUCUGAAAUGAACCCUGAAAAAUCAACAUUCUCCGAAUCGAAUCAAGUCGAGUCAUUCCCUCAUCAUCAUCAUGAUGAAAUGAACAACCAUGAUUGUGAAGAAUCAUCCAAGAGUGAGUUAACUCACCAAGUCGAGUCAGCAGCAUCAUCAUCUGUAGUCGUCCCACACUCCUCAUCUGCAACACCAUCACAAACACUCGAAGAAGAAGCAACACAAGCCUUGAAUGACAACCAUGAUGACACCAUGAUCCAGUCUCAUGAAAAUACCACAACAACACCAUCCAUCAUGAUUGAUGAUUCAACCCAAAUUGAUACAACACCACCUCCUACGAGUACUCAACAACUCCAUCUCUCAUCAUCAAAAUAUCCCUUUGUUGAACUCUCUUCAUUCACAACCACAAGUGUUGAAGUCAUUUAUGAUCAACUCAAUAUUUAUAGUACUCCUCUCUUUACCAUCAUUACAAGUGUCAAUGUUCAAGAAGAACAAUCUCAUAUCACUGAAAUGAUUCAAAAUCAUGAAAAAACACUCUAUAAGGAUCAUCCAUUGUUUCAAAAGACUGGAUUGACUGUGAGUCGAAAGAUGAAAGAUUUUGAAUGGCUCUAUGAUCAUUUAAAAAUGGAUUGUGUUGGAUGUUUAAUUCCACCCAAAGAACUUCUCACUACAAAUAUUGACAAGUUGUAUAGUCAUCACAAUAGUAGUACCAACACUUCAAGUGAUAAUACAACCAACCAUGAUACGAAUGGUGAUAACAAAUCUCUCAAAGGAAAAUAUCUUUCCAUUUUCUUGUCACUCUGUGCGAGACAUCCUGUCUUGUGUAAGAGUCAUCUCUUUUGGGAUUUUAUUAGUGCGAGUGAAGAUGAAUUUAAUAAUACCAUGAAACAAAGUGAUCCUACAAGUCAGAACCAUACUUUACAAACAACAACUAGUAGUAAUACUAGUGGUAAUACUAGUGGUAGUAAUAGUGGUAGUGGUAAUACUACGAGCAACAGUGGUGGUGGUGGUCUCUUGUUUAGUCUCAAAAAGAUGAAAGUUAAAUACAAUACUCAUGAUAAGGAACGUGAAUAUGUGAAUCAAUUAUCCAAACAAUUGAAAUCCUUGUUGAACGCAAGUCUCUCUUUAAAGAAAUAUCAAGAAACAUUUUUGAGUGAAUUUGAUAGUAUUGGACGUGCUUUUAAAGUCUAUGGAAAUUUUGAAGCCAACAAUAAUUUUAAUGAAAUGAUGAAUCAUAGUAGUACUAGUAGUAGUAGCAGCACUGUUCCAAAUAAUCCAAAUGAUUCUUCUUCUACUACCAAUCCUUCUCUUAACAACACUGGUGGUACUCUUCAUAAUAUAUUUCACUCUAUUGGAGAUGUUACCAUGAAAUUAGCAAGUAUUAAUACUCAUCAAGAAUCUACGACUCAAUUUGAUCAAAAUUUAUUGUUGUACACCAAAUAUUUAUUACCUAAUUUAUUGAAAUUCUUGGAUCUAUCUAAAGAAUAUCAUACCACAUUGAGUGUCUAUGAAAAUGAUUUGAAUAAGGCUACAACUCAAGCUAAUAAUAACAGUAAUAAUCCAAAAUAUCAAGAACAAGUUCAAAAACUUACGACCAUUUACAAUGACAUGAAAAGAACCGUCGAUUUGAUUGAUCAAAGAUUCCCUCUUGAAUGGGAAAGAUUCAGAUAUGAAAUGAAAAUUGAUUUACAAUUUUCCAUGUUGGGAUCGUUGGUGAAGAGAGCCCAUGAUAAUGUUGAAUGUGUGAAAGUAUUGAAGGAGAGUAUUGAAAAUAGUCAUGUCGAUCAAGGCAAUACUGCUUUUGAUGAGAAUAGCAACACCUCUACAAACAUUUUGCGUCGAAAGAGUGUUCUACAAGAGACCUACGAUCACAUUCUUCAUCAACACAAGAAAUUGAUACUACCCUCAGGCUCAACUAAUAGAAGAAAAGAUUGA